UGAUGGAGUGGUGUUGCCGGUACCGUACAGUGGAUCUAAUUCUCAUCCAAUGUCACGACCAAGACGGCCGGUGAACAAGCGACAUUUUAGUCUGUCCGUUCCUCCAGCCACGACCACGUGUUAGCUUUCAUAUAGAUUGUGUAUUUUGUGGUUGUACCAGUACACCGGCCGCAGAGAAUAGGAAAGAUAUCAGACAAUGUAAGACUGCCCUGAGGAAUGCUCAGCCCGGGAAUCGGAAAUCUUCUUUGGAUAUCCCACGAACUAGAGAGACCCCAAAAUGGCGACACAGGGAGAGGGAGAAGACAAUGACCGCAAGUUUGGGAUAUCUGUUCCACCGUUAGUAGAAUAUCUAAAGGGCAUUUUACGAGAAUAUAGUGAUGGUCAAAUAUUGAAGGAGCUCGUUCAGAACGCAGAGGAUGCAGGUGCGGAUACUGUCAAAUUCCUGUAUGACAUGAGGCAGCAUGGUACCAAGACGCUCUACAAAGAUUCCCUACAACCUUACCAAGGACCGGCUGUCUAUUCCUUCAACAAUGCCAAGUUCAAGAAAGCUGACUGGGAAGGGAUUCAACAACCAGCCCGCAGCAGGAAGAAGACAGAUCCUUUGAAGGUUGGACGAUUCGGCAUUGGAUUCAAUUCUGUAUACCACAUAACAGAUUUACCGAGCAUCAUGAGCGACCAAGGACUGGCUUUCAUCGAUCCAUUGGAGGAACACUUCUUUGAUAGUAAAGGACGAGUCAUGACUGGAUGCCGAUUUUCUCUGAGAUCAGACAGGGAAAUUUUUUCAAAGAGUCAUGACCAGUUUCAACCCUACAACGAUGUAUUUCCUGGAGUGACGGGAGGGAUUUCAUCGGGAUAUUUUGAUGGCACUUUGUUUCGGUUUCCUCUGCGUCAAGAGGCAAAUGAAUUGAGCGAUAAAACCUAUCAACAAGAAGACACACUUGACGAGGUGUUACAGGCCUUCCAAGCAGAUGCUCAUGUGACUAUGCUGUUUCUGCGCUCCUUGAAUAACAUUGAGGUGUUGAAGAGAUCCCCUGAUUACCAAGACCUGUCACUGAUUGUAAGAGUUCAACGGGAACAUGAUCAAGAAGCGCAUCCUCCUGGAGCGGACAUUACCUCAUGUCUUCAAUCCUACAUCUCUAAUACCAGUGGGUGCCGAGAGUCUAUAAAGUUCACUGAUUGUGUAGCAUUUACUACAGAAACACAGAAUGAGUCUAAGAGAGAGCACUGGGUUGUUAGCCAUCACAUCGCUGGUGACAGCAUGUCUCAAGCGCUUACUGACCUGGCUGGGAAGCAAGGUCAUCUGCCAUGGGUAGCUGUUGCCAUCCCCAUGACUUCUUCAGAGACAAGCAAUGUAGCAGAUGAAGCAGAGAACAACGAUGGCAGAGUGUUCUGUUUUCUUCCCUUGCCACCUGGUGAAGAGAGUCGCACAGGGUUACCAGUUCAUGUGCAUGGAUUCUUUGGUAUCAAUAGUGAUCGCCGGGGGAUAAAGUGGAUUGGACCAGACCAAACAGACACUCCAGCACAAUGGAACCAACUUCUUGUUAGAGAACUGAUUCCCAUGGUUUACGUUGAUGCUAUCAAAUUUACCAUUGAUGUGCAGAAAUCUAGGGAAACCUUGACUGCUGAUUGCAUCUAUCGUUCAUGGCCAGACUAUGAAGAGGUUCGUGGCAACUGGGGUAUUCUCUUGGAACCCUUGUACAAUGCACUGUUCAGUGAAUCGAUCAUACAUAGCGAUAACAGUGGAUGGAAGAACAUUGCUGAUGUCCACUUCAAUGAGCUGCAAGUAGACGAAGAGACAGAACAGGCAAUCCUCAAAUGCUUCAACUUCAAAGGCAUAGCACAUGCAAGGGUCCCAAGCGUAUGUAGAAAGUCCAUCAGGAAGUAUUACCAUCUUAAGAUAUCAACUGUUUCUGUCUCCAGCCUUUGCUGUUGCCUCCACGAUGAUCCAGCUAUUUUGGAAAGGUUGACUAAUGAUGAGAAGCUUCUAAUCCUGCAGUUCAUCUUGCAGGAGGGUGCCAUGCAAGACUUGGAGGGGUUAUGUCUUCUUCCCCUUGAUAAUGGAGGCUUUGAUGUGUUCUCAAGUUCUUGUGAAAGAAGAGUGUACAUUCCAACCCCUGAGUUCCAUCGACAUCUUGUUCCAGGUGGAUGUGAUCAUUUCAUCAGAACGAUACAAAACGAACUUCCACUCCACCAACUCCUAUCAAAUAUGAGUGGAGAUUACCAGCUGGAAACUUUAACCACCGACAUUGUAGCAGAGCUCUUGAAGACUCUGGAGAGAUCUUGGAUAGAUGAUCAAGGAAUCUGGGUACAUGAACCCCAAGAGCCUACCCUCAAUACUUGGCUUGAAGACGUCUGGUCGAUGCUUUACAGGGAAAGUCCAAGUGAGUUACAACUCUUUAAUGGUAUCCAUCUAUUACCAUUGUUUGCAGAUGAUAGUGACUCCAGGAGACUUCUUCCACUUUAUUCCAAGUCAAGGGUUAUCCAGAGAUGCUACAUUACGGCUGAUGGCAAAGUCGGAUUGACAGAUGAUGUUGAAAACAUUCUGCAUGAUAUUGGAAUGAGAGUCAUAGAUUGUCCUGGUUACAUUCUCCGCCAUCCAUCUGUCAUUCGGGAUGGAUAUAUCAAGAUGCCAACACCUGAUGGGGUAGUUCAAUGUCUUUUGCUUUCUGAUCAGAAGUUGCUGAUCCCAAAGCUCCGUUCAUUCUCUGCCAGUUAUAGAGAUACCCUUGUAGAAUAUCUUGCACAAGCGAAGCUUGGUGAUAAUGGGAAGGACCUUCUGAAGCACCUUCCAUUGUUUAAGAGAGUAGAUGGAACUGGCCAGUCAAACAAACAUUCAUUUAGUGUAGAAGAAUCCUUGGGAUAUAUUGAAUGCAAUCAGGUAGAUAUUCCUAACCCAUUGAAGUUGACAGGGCUAUUGAUUGAUGGAAGGGCAAAAUCAAAUCAAUGUUUACUACAAAAGUUAGUAGCUUGUCCACUUUCAAAGUAUCAAGUCAUAGUGAAUGUUUUGGAAGAAAUUCGUAAAGGGCAACUUUACACACAACAUGAAAGACAAGUAGCUUUGCAAUGGAUUAUGGAACGAUGGGAAGAUGUCAAGAUAAACUGCAAAUCAAUAGUGGGUAUUCUCCGUGAAAUGAAAUUCCUUCCCAAUAAGAAUGCAUCGUUGGUUAGUCCUUCAGAACUACUUGAUCCACGAGACCCAUUGAUCUACAAACUGUUUGAAUCCCAAGGGGUAUUUCCAGUGGAUCCAUUUGAUUCACCUCAGAUUGUAGAGGCUUUCAGUCAGCUUGGCAUGCGUAGGCAAUGUGAAGUUUCUUCAUCCGAACUAAUUGCAUGUGUUGACAUGAUUGAGGAAUCACAAGACCCUGACAAGUCUCUCUUGCUUCUAGAACUCCUUAGCAAUAACCCGGGUCUUCUUUCCACUUAUGUUAUUGAUCAUAUGAAACGAAAAAAAUGCAUUCCUUGCAGACAGUCUCCUCCAGAACAUUACCCAAUUGAUAUUGAAUGGCAUGGCAAAAGUUCGUCUCGACUGGCAACUCCUCAAGAGAUUCUGAUCGAAUCAAAGCAAGCUGCGCUAUCGUCUGGAGCUUCUAAAUCAUUUGUUUCCGAACAAGAUCUCUUUUCCAAAGUUUUUAUCGAGCUUGGAAUAACAUCCCAAAAGCCAGUGAUCGAGGAUGUCAUAACACAAUUAGAGCAUUGUGUGGAGUAUGCUAGAGAGAGAACAGGACGAGAUGUUAGCGACAUAAUACCUAUGCUAAAGGCGAUCUAUGGAUUUUUUAAUAAAGAAUUGGAAUUGGAAUUGGAACAUGAUUCACAUGUCAGGAACUUGAUCUUAGAUCGAGUGAAGUGUUGUGUGUGGAAUGGAAGUGGCUUUUCUGAACCAAGCAAGAUGUGUACAGGUGAUCUGCCAUUUGAUCUAGCCCCUUACAUGGCAUCAAUUCCCAAAUCAGCCUGUAUGUUUAAAGACUUGUUUGAAAGACUUGGAGUGAAGAGAAACAUGGACACAAACGCCGAAGCUCUGGUUGAAAUUAUACAUGACAUCAAGAGGGAAUGUAACUCCACUGGAGUUAGUAAAAGUUUCCAACAAAGACAGCGCCAACUUGUACUUCAGAUUCUUCAUCAUUUACAUGCUUCUGCUGAGCUCACGGAAGAUGCGAGGCUGCAAUUACUCAUACCAUCUAAAAGAGGGGAAUGCCAUCUUAUCCCCGUUGAAGAUAGUGCAUAUGUAGACAGGGAAUGGUUGAGACAAAGCACUGAAAAUGAGGAGAUGGAUGAUGAUGAAAACUUUACGUUGAUUCAUUCAGAUAUCCCAAUGGAGCUGAUUACAUUCCUUCGAGUACGACCUGUCAGUCAACUUCUUCUUGACUCAGAGGAAUUGGAUGGUUUCACAGAAGCUGGCCAGCACGAACACCUGACUAUGCGCUUGUAUAAUAUCCUAAAGAACAACUAUGUCGAUACUGCUAUUGUUAGUGAGAUGAUACAGAAUGCAGAAGACGCUGGUGCUGAAGUAGUUCAUUUUCUUAUUGACAUGAGGAAAAAUGAAGAUGCAAACCAAAAGCUGUUCAAUCCUGAAAUGAUUUCAUGUCAGGGACCAGCACUCUGGGUAUACAACGAUGCAGUGUUCACGGACCAAGACUUUGAAAACAUUCUCCGUCUUGGCGGACGUACCAAGGAAAAGGAUGCCCAAAAGAUUGGAAAAUUUGGGACUGGCUUUAACUCGGUUUACCGCAUUACUGAUGUUCCCAGUUUUGUUAGCAGAGAUUACAUGCAGUUUUUUGACCCUCAUACUUCACACCUUGGCAACGUUCUCCGAAACAAAAACCAACCUGGUGUCCGUCUCAGAUUGAGUAAUAGCAAAGCACUCCGGAGAUUUCCCGAUCAGUUCAAGCCAUUCCAUGGAGUGUUUGGCAUUGAUUUCAGUGGAAAGAGUGACUCAUUCAACUACCGUGGAACGCUGUUUAGACUGCCUCUUCGUUCACAAGAAGCUGCGCAGAAAAGUCAGAUAUGCAAGGAGAGCUACAAUGAGGCGAAACUGAUCGACUUGAUGAAAAAAAUGUGGGAAUCAUCUCACAACCUCUUGGUGUUUACCAAAAAUGUCAAGAGGGUUGCCCUGUUUUUUCUUGAUGAGAAAUGUAGCGAUCCUUCCAUGGCUGAAGAGUUAUUUGCCAUUCAGAAGACCGAGCAGUCAAAUAGGAUGAAUAAUGACAACAUUGAAAUUUCAACAGAAUCCUUCAAAUUUACAAUGACUUCAAAAGGAAGUGAAGUGAUGGCUCAUGAACCAGACAGUGGUAAAAACCUGGAUAAUGUCAAAGUUACCUGCAAGACCUCUGAUCAAGCUUCUGCUCUUGCGAGAUCUCCAGAUGGGAAAGAUUGUGGAUUAUCUCCUGAAGGUGCGGUUGCGUUUCCCUUCCACGAACCAUCGAUGUCUGCAUUUGAGAAAAAGAUAUAUUGCUUUCUUCCUCUCUCAAUAACAAGCAUGUUUCCAGUGCAUAUUAAUGGUGCCUUCGCUGUCAAAGAGGAUCGGAGGAGUCUUCACAUGCCAGUUCCCAAUGGAAGGCUGAUAUCUGAGAAGUGGAAUCACCUGCUUUUCAUAGAUGUGAUAUGCCGGGCUUACAUUGCACUCAUGUCUGACAUUGUGUUUAUUCAGCGUGUAAAGGAGGUUUAUGGUCCUGAUAUUUCCCCUGACCAGCUAUGGCCUGAUACCGAUGAUGUUCCGAAGAAUUCUGAAUGUUCAGCAUUGUUUAAUGCUUUCUACAAGGCAAUGGUAAAUGGCUUUGAAGGUCAUGAACCAUCAUUGUUCUGGAACGAUGACGAAUUGCAUCAGUUCUCACAAGUCGUUUUCCUCGGUCAAGAAGUCCAAAAGGAAGCAUCAGUGAGGGAUAUUGUGAGAAAAAUUCUAAGCGCCUACCUUCCAUCAAAGCAAGUGAUGUCACUUCCUGAUAAAAUAUGGAGAGCACUAGAGAGAGUAGAUCUUCUUGACAGCGUUCUGGAAAGUACGUAUGAUUUCAAUAGAUUCUUCACAGAAGCCUUUCUCCAACGAAUCGGUCAGGUGCCGAGUGACAUGAGAAAUCAAAUGAUUUUGUUUGCACUAAACAAACGUGAAGAUGCAUUAAAACAGAAGUUGAAAGAUGUGGAAUGCAUACCAGCAGUAGGGGGAUCUGACCUUAGGAAACCUUGUGAUCUAGUACACCCGAGUGGUAAGGUUGCGGCGCUGUAUUCUGAGUCUGAUAAGGUGUUUCCCCUAGGAAACAUGUUCAAUGACACCAAGACACUAACAUCACUCACUCAGUUAGGAAUGAUAAAGGAUUAUAUUCAUGAGGAUGUUUUCCUUGAGAGAUGCAGAUCAGUUGACAUUCUUCAUUCAGUCAACAAGGAAGGGGCUCAAAAUAGAUCCCAUGCCCUACUGAAUUAUUUGUCGGAGACGUUGAGAAUGUCGGAGACGUUGAGAAUGGGUCAUUGGACUAGGGACAGACAUUUCAAAGAACACCUUGCGAAAAUUCCAUUCUUGCCUAUCUUAUGUGAGAGAAACCAAGACCCUGCCCUUCCAUGGGUGGAAACCACUAACACCUGCCCUUAUGCAUCUGCUUAUGAUAUCUAUUCUCAUUCUAAGAAAAAUAUUGUGAGCAGUAUGUACAAUGUUGUGCACGAAUCAAAUGAUUGGCAACUUCCCUUGAACGUUGAGGAAUUUCUUGGUAUCAGAGACAAAUAUCCCUCUACUGAAGAUGUAAUCCGGCAGUUUUCGAACAUUCGGAGUCAUUAUGAAAUGAAUAGUAAAUCCAUUUCUAAUCUUGACUUGGAAACGAUAUGCAAAGACAUCUAUGAGCGUGUUGAAAAUGCAUGUAGAGAAAGCGUUGUUGAUGGAAUUUCCAAUGAUCUGCAGAAUCAACCAUUCUUCCUUGUAGAUAGCAGGUUUGUUGAAAUUUCUGUGAUUGCCGAUAAAAACAGCCUUCCGCCGUAUCUAUUCGAAGCUUCUCGUUUCCUUAAACGAUAUCCAAGUCUUCUAAAACAGGCAGGAUUGAAGAAUGAAUUUGAUGCCAGAGACUAUGAAGGUGUUCUUCAUCAACUGUACACAAAGAGUAAUGGGCAACCAUUAAGUAAUGAUGACACGGAGGUGGCUAUCUUAGCUGCACAACGACUUUCAGGUUUACCCCACGGAGAAGAAGAACAUGCAGAUACAUUUCUCCCAGAUGAACAGAACUGCAUGAGGCCUGUAUCAAAUCUGUGUUACAGAGAUGUGGAUUGGUUUGAAAAUGAUGAAAUUGAACUUCAUAGGUGUCAUACAAAAAUCAGUUUCAUGGUCGCGAGAAAGCUGAAGGUGAAGGAUAUUCGACAACAGAUGCUUCAGGCAUUUGAUAUGGAUUUCCCAGGAGACGAAUUCGGCCAACAUGAGAAACUUACAACCCGCAUCAAACGUAUUCUCGACUCUUACCCAUCCGAUGAAACAAUACUGAAAGAACUUCUUCAAAAUGCUGACGAUGCUGGAGCUACUGAAAUCCACUUUGUGUACGAUCCUCGGAAACACAAGGGACACAAGCUUCUAGGAGAUGGCAUGAAAGCCUUGCAGGGUCCUGCUCUUUGUGUCUUCAACAAUCAGUCUUUCACCGACGAUGACAUUCGCGGGAUACAGAAUCUUGGAGAAGGAAGUAAAGCUGACCAUAUGGGAAAGAUUGGGCGUUAUGGAGUAGGAUUCAAUGCAGUAUAUCAACUUACAGAUUGCCCUAGUUUCAUCUCCAAAGGUGAACGAUGGUGUAUGUUUGACCCUCUUCUGAAGUAUGUUCCAGGAGCAAACCCAACACGACCAGGUCGUCAGAUCAAAGUUAAUAGCAGUGUGCGUCGUUCUUACCCACAUAACUUUCAGUGCUAUAUGGAAGACAUACUCACAGGUGGAGAAGAGGACUUCACCAUUUUUCGUUUUCCAUUGCGACAAGAAGCUUCAACCCUAAGCCCCAAUGUCUGGCAAGGUCAACAUAUUCGGAAGCUACUUAGGGACUUUGAGAAUGCGGCAUUUGAAUGUCUUUUGUUUCUGAAACACGUCACUAAAAUCAGCAUCUCAGAGGUAACGAGUUCAGGAGUUAUUGGAUCUACUCAUGUUGUCAGUGCAGAGAUGACUCGAAGUGAAUAUGCAAAGAAAAUGGAUUUUCUACAGAAAGUUCAGGACAUUGCCUUGACUAAACAAGAUGAUGGAACUUUGGAAUCAGAACAAGUGGAAGUCAUCUACCAGAUGAAACUGAAAGGGGUACAAAGAGAAGAGGAUUGGGUGAUAUGCCAGCAAGUGAGUUAUUCAGGUGCAGAUGAAGAACACUCAAGGAAAAAACACAAGUUACUUCCAGUUGGGGCUGUUGCUGCUCGUCUACCUGAAACAAGAGAAGGAAUUAGUUAUAAAAGAGGAGAGGGAGUCAAAGGCAAGGCUUUUUGCUUUCUACCACUCCCUAUUCAGACGGGACUUCCGGUUCAUGUGCAUGGAUACUUUGCCUUGGACCAUGAAAGCAGAAGAAACUUGUGGGAUGGUAGCAAGACGGAUGAGCAAACAAAGUGGAAUCUUUACAUUACUCAGAGAGUUAUUGCACCUGCUUAUAUACAGUUGUUGUCAUGGAUUCAGAAUUUUUUCAUAGAGAAAUAUGACUGGUCAGGAUCACAAGCAAGUAAAAGCAAGGUCCAGACUUUGAAGCUUCUUGAAGAAUAUCACACCUACUUUCCUAACACCGAAAAAGGAUCGUACUGGAAAAAACUUCAAGAUGCUGUGUUUGAAAUUGUUGUUGUGGAAGCCUUACUGUUGUUUCCUUCACUCUAUCGAAAGGAUGAUGGCAGAAAUGACCUUUUCUUGAGUUGGAAAACGCCCAUCUCGUCUCCGAAUGAGUCAGAUCUUGGAUAUUUCAACACACUGUCAAAGCAGAUGACUGACCACUGCACAAGUAGCAUGUACGGUUAUUCCAUUAGGCUUGAGAUUCAAGAGAGCAUCAACAAUCUGAAAGAAACCCUGAUUGAAGUGACAUUCCCAUUACUAGAGUCUCCAACAAGGAUAAUGUACAAUCUGCGUAAUGUAUGCAAAUAUCUUAAUCAAGGGGCCAUCGACAGUGACCGAGAACAAAACUAUGAGGUUUGUGAAGUUACGCCUUCCCAUGUGAUAUCUUUCCUUCAUGGAGACAAUCCCCUUCAGAGGCAAUUACCAAUAGCAAUUUCAAGCUCGAGGAUCCACAACAAAGAUAGACUGAUUGGACUUAUCAACUACUGCAAGAUGAGUAAAGAACCUAACCUUCAAGAAAGUCUCAAUGGUCUACCGUUGCUCUUAACCAUGGAUGGAACAUUACGGAUGUUCUCACGUUACGAUCAAGUAUUUGAAACAGAAUUCUAUGAUCUUUUUGAGUCUCAAAGUCAUAGAUUCUUACACAUUGAUUUCUUACACAGGUUGUCACAAAAUGCUGAUGUGUUUUGUAAGAUUGAUGUGAUAGCGGUAUCCAAGCUUCUUGAUGGUUGCUUUCCGUUUCUCAAGUGCACAGAGAAUAAAAUGCUAAGUCCUCGCACAUGCCAUCCAUCAGAAUGGUUUUGUAGGUUAUGGAUUCUUCUUGAAUCGUUGAGUAAAAAUGUUGAACACUUCAAUGAUUUCGCUAACAAUCUAAAAGUUGAACUUGGAAGGUGGGCAAUAUUACCAGUCACAGAAACCAAGCCAACUGAUGGCAGACCAAGGAGAUAUCAGGUAGCUAUUAGCUUAUCAUCAACGGUUAUAGAUCAGCCAAGCAAGUUAAAAAGGGGUAAUUGGCCACUCUAUUCAGCACUUGAAUCACUUAAUGUCUACAAGAUUGAGAAGUCUGUUCUAGAUGAAAACAAUCGUAGACUGAUAAAACAUCUUGUCCUUCAUGAGCACAUGGGGAAUAAUGCAAGGGUUCUAGAUGCUUUGAUGUACUGGGUAGAAAGAGACUCUGGAAGAUUCAAAAUUCUGAAAGAAAGACAACAUAAUGAAAUCCUCAGAUCCUUUUGCUAUUGUGAUGACUCAGCUGAUCUUAGAAGAGUGAAGUACCUUCCUUGCUUCAAGACCAUUGCAGGUGACUUUGUGAGUAUCAGGGAAUUCGACACAGUCCUUGUUCUCCCAAGUAUGAUUCCUGAAAAGGAACAAGAUAAAUGGAUUGAUGGGUCUGGUACUAUAUUCCUGCAGUACAAUCAGUCACUUGAACCAUUAUACAAGAACCUAGUGCUAACUGAUACAACAGAGUUUGACGUGUACAUGAAAUACAUUUUGCCAGUCUUUGGUAAGCUCAGCGAGGAAAGUCGUCUUGAACAUCUUGUACGAAUCAAUGAGCUGCUUCGUUAUCUACCCAUUCCUAAAAGAAAAAAUUAUAGGGAUAUUAGGGAAGCAGCGAUUCAGAGGUUAGGACUGAGAGAUCUGCAUUUCAUAAAUGGUACGUCUGGAAAUCUGCUGAAGGCCAGGGACCUGUAUGACCCAGAAGUCGAGGUAUUCUCCUUGAUGUUGAAGGACAAAUUUCCUUCAGAACAUAUCAUAAAGCAAUUGGGACUCACAUUCCUUCGUGAAAUAGGACUACAAACCACCGUUACUGCAGACUUGUUCCUUUCGUUUGCCCAUCGGGUGCGGGAAUCAUACCCCGAUGCCAAAGAUAUGAAAAUCAAGUCCACUGCACUCGUGUCAGAAUUGGUCGGGAACUGUAGCCUUCACAAAAACUAUAUCUUCUGCCAGGAAGCCAGUGUGAUUGAUUUUCUUGUUACUGACAGGAUUGACCAACAAUUAGAAUCCAUUCACUUACCUUUCAUCAAGGAUGGAACCCUCAUGAGGUUUUCAAGCUCAUUAUCCUCCCAACACAGGAAUCUAAUAUGGUCUACUAAUAGCAUCUUGCCAGAAUAUGCAGAAUAUGAGAUCAAUAAGCGAUGCUGGUCUUGUAAAACCCAACUAGAUGAUCAACUGGGCAAGGCACAAGAGCCUGAACUAGAGAGUGUUAUCCAACAUCUGCAGAAUAUAAGCAAUAGACUCCAAGAAAAUAACAGCAAAAAGCUAUCCUUCUCAGACGCUCUAUCCAGGGUGCUACAUAAAAUAAUGACCUUCCUCUCUUCCAAGUGUACAGGGAAAAGCUGCUCUAAGGAAGAUCCAUGUGAAGGUUGCUGUAUCAUUAGAGCGAAAUUGCCGAAUGUUCCAAUUGUCUUUCUAGAGCUCGAGGAUGAACAUCGCAUGGUGAAAGCAGAGCAGAUCUCUCGUACUUUGGAAGGGAAUUUCGAGCCUUUUCUUUACCAGUUGCCUGACAAGUGGGUUCCUUUCUUCAAGUUAUUUCAGUUGCUUGGUGGAACAGGCAAAGCCUCCAUUCGACAAUAUGCUUCCGUUCUCAGAAGUAUCUAUGAAAGAGGGGAGAAUGCAUGGGGAAACCCAAAUGUAGUAAGCAUGGUAGAGAGGGCAACAACCGGACUGUAUGAAGAGCUUAGGAAGACAGAUCAAAGGCAGGUAGCAGCUUUAUUUCAUUCUGGACAAGUCCUCUACCUUCCAUCAUGUCAUCAAAACUUGGAACGAUCAGAUCAGCUACUACUUAACGAUGUUGACCACUAUUUACGCCGACUUCGUAAAUCUAAGCUUCCCCUCAUCAAGUUCUUUCAAGGUCAGGAACGCGUUGCACAAGAAGCUAUAGAUAGGCUUCCAGAGACGAUGAAACCGACAUCAGUAAGCACGAAGGUGAAAGAAAUACUUAGCAAGACGGGGAAUGGGUCGCAAAGAUGUCUUCUAACUGGACAGGAACCUUGUGAAUUUGCAAGAAGACUUCAGAUCCUGCAAUCGAAGGAAUUUUUGCAGGCAGUUUGUAUCAUCAUGAAGCACAAGGGACAAACAGUUGAUGAGGAAACCAAGACACGCCUUAGAAAUUCGUUGAGUGGCCUGAAGAUAACAUGCAUGCAGCAAUUACACUCGAUUCUACAAAUCAAUGGUGAAUACAUAGAAGGCAGUGAAACGGAAGUACCUUCCUUCAUUAACAGUGACGGUGAGCUGUUUGUACAACACAGUGAAGGCGAAAAUAUAAUGGAAACACUCUUAAGUGUUGCGAUUCAUGUCAAUCAAAUCCUGGGAAACGUGUUUGAAGAUAAAACCUACUUAUCUGUCCUAUUAUCCCAGAAAUCACCUUCUACCUUACACAAAGUACUUGCUAAGUUCAACAUUGCUGCAGAGAGCAUGGAAGAUGAUACAAGUUUCAAGCUACCUGAUCCUGGAACUACCAUUCCAGAACAUUUGUAUCAUCUCAUAGAGCAAGACCCCUGGACGUCUUACAGUGUUGAUGAUUUCAUAGCGUAUGCACAAACUGAUGAAGAUGGCGAAUACUACAUAUAUGCAAUAGUUGUCAAGAGGAUAUCCAACGAAUCACUCAAUUCUGUCUAUCUUAUCAAUAUUGGAAAGGACAAACCAAUAGAAGCAAAUGUGUUGGACACGCAUAAGAUACACAUACCUAAGUCCACAUCAGGUAUGGAGCUUGUUCUAUCUGAAAAAGUUCACUCGGAUGAUGCAGGACCAUCUCUCACUGAGAAUCGAGAAUCAUCUUUUCCAACUGACGUGGAACAAGCGAAGCGACAAGUGACAAUCGAAUUGGAGGAGAUCUGGAAGCUUCCAGAGGAACAUAGAAGGAAGGCUAUUCGGCGAAUGUUGCUGAAAUGGCAUCCAGACAAACAUCCAGAAGGUCCGCAGGAACUAUUUCAUGAAGCGUUUAAAUACCUCCAAAGUGAAUUGCAGCGAUUAGAAAAAGGUAUUUCAAGAACAAGUUCAUUUUAUGAAGACCUCUUCAGAUCAACUGAAAAGAGAGCAAGGGAAGACCGUCGGAGGUAUACUCACUUCGGAGGAUUUUGGGGAAGAGGUGGUUUCAGAGGACGAGGGAGCUUUGGAUCUGGUUUCUGGAAUUGUGGAAGCGACUACAGUUCUUUUGAGGAUUUCUUCACUUCUGCUUCAAGAACACCAGAUAUCCGCAAUGCACGCCGUUGGUUUCGGCAAGGACAAGAAGAUCUUCGUGCUGCCCGACAUGAUCUUAACCCACACGAUGACGAGCCGUCAUUAGAAUGGGUUGCUUACAAGUGUCAUCAGAGUGUAGAAAAGGCACUCAAAGCAGCUAAACUAGCCAUUGAUGGACAACAUGACUACACUCAUUCCAUUUCCUCUCUAGCCUUUCAAGUUGAAGGCAAAAUAAAAUCGGUUGAUUUUCUACAGAAUGUGAACAAGCUCAGUUCUCUUGUAAAUGAUCAACGGGCUCGUUACCCAGACAGAUGUGCCUCUUCACAGAUUCCUCACGAAGUCUUUAGAGAGAAGUCACGGGGUGUGGAAAUGAUGGACCUCGCCCGACUAAUUCUUGGAAAUGUUCAAUCCUUUUUGCUUCCCAGAUCCUGAAAUGGUAAUUGCAACUGCUUCAUCUUGAUCUGUCUUUUCCACAGUCCUCUUGUUGAUUUCUUACAAGCAGUCCUGCAGCUUUCCUGGCAAUCAAGUAAAUAAAAAAUCACCACCAUUUACUUAUUGCUUUCCAAAUCAUGAAAUGUUAUUCGACUGCUUCAUCAGGGUUCGCAUUAUCCACGUGGUCGCAAAAUUUGAAUGGAAAAGUUUUUUCCCGAAUAUUUCUAAAUUUCAGACUUCACUGGAGAAGAAAUAUUGUCAACGUGUCAUAGUUCUUUGAAUGAAAAAAAAACAUUCCAGUCUUAGUUCAUAUUCCACUGGACAUGCUAGACAGCCAAUAUUGUCUAACUCAAUGUAUGUUGUACUAUGUUUUUGAUUAAAUUGAUUCAUUCCGUUAUUGCAAAAGACAAUACUAGUAUCAUUUCCUUCUUUGUUGUUGAUACCACUUCUAACUGGUUUAAAGAUGAUAAUUGGUUAUUUAGCUAGGUUUUCAUCUAUUGAUAUCCAUGCAUUUUGAUAUUUAAUAAUUAGAUAUUUUCAAAUAGUCACACCAUUUAUGGCUAUUAUCAACGAUGGUGUUGAAUUAUUUGCCAUCUCAUAUUGUGUAGACAAUGUAACAAUCAUGUUGCAUCUUACUUCUUGACUUACUCAAAAUAAAAUGCCCGAUAUUGUAUA